AUGGGCAGACGCUCUCGCGUCGAUUUGGGCCAGCCAGCCAGCGUUGAAGUCGACUUCGAGCGCGGCGAACGAGUCGAUGGUGCGGAGGGUAUCGCCUGUCCGACGUGGUGCGAGUUCAUGGAGGACUCGCUCCACCACCCAGAGUGGGGCUACUACUCGGCUGCCCGCGUCGUCUUUGGCGAGUCGUCUGACGCCGCCGACUUUACCACCUUUCCCGUCUCGAUGCGACCCGCGUUUGGCGCGAUGAUCGCGGACCGGCUCCACGGCCUCUGGCUCGCCGCCGGCGGCGGGAGCGGCCCGUUUGUUGUCUGCGAGCUCGGCGCUGGCACCGGCGUGCUCGCCCAUGACGUGCUGACGCACAUGGCCGACCACCUCCCGCGCCUGUACGCCGUCGUGCAGUACGUGAUCGCGGAGCGAUCGGCGUCGCUGCGCUCGCUGCAGGCCGCAACCAACGAGCGCUUCGUGUGCGAGUCGAAGCUGCGAGUCGUCUGCGCCGACGCGAGAGACUUGGGCGGCGCGCGGCUGCGGCAGGAUCUGCAGGCCGCCGCGGCUGCACACUGCGCCUCUGGAGGCGAGGGCGAGGUUGCGCGUGUGCGGGGCGCGGUCCUCUCGAACGAGCUCCCCGACGCGUUUGGGGUCGAGCGCGCGCUUGUCGGCGCAGCGCUGCCGCGUGCCACCGCCGCCGAGGGGAGCAGCGCAGGGGCAGCGAGGCCGGCAGAGCUCCGGCUGCAGCGUGGCAGAGCUUACUGCGCGCUCAAGGGCCGCUGCUGCCGGGCGGCGGCGGGGGUCAGCGAGGCUGCCGACGCGAGCGCACGGGGGGCAGAGGGCGGUGCGGCAGAGGGCGGUGAGGCAGAGGAUAGCGGGCCGAAAGGCGGCGCGGCAGAGGGUGCGGCGCUGGACCGCGCAUUGGUCCUCGGCGAGGCAUUCGAGGACGUUCGGCUGUCCGGCGAGGACGACGCGGGCGACGCCGCCGUCGACGAGGAGGCGCACCACCUCCGCAGAUGGCUGCGCCUGCACGCGCCGCCGCUGCGCGCCGCCUUGCGGGGCCGGCCGCUCGCCGCCGCCGGCGAGGCACGCGGGCUGGCCACGCUCUUCUUCGGCCCGCAGACCGCGCUCGAGCGAGCCUUCUACGCGCUCGGCACCUUCGUGAUGCUCGCGACGCCGCGCGUGGCGCAGCGCUGGCGCUGGCGCGUCGCCUCCUCGGCCUUGUACGGCGGCGGCCACCCGUCCCUCGGCGCCAUGGCGGCAUUGCACACGCUGCGCUCGCUCGCGAGGCUGGCGCUCGGGCACGCCCUCCUCCUCCUCGGCCGCGGGGACGCUGGGCGGAGGAAGGGUGGGGGCGAGGACUGCGAGGACGGCGCUGCGCCCUCCCUCCCGACAGAGAGGGACCUGGUCGCGUCGCUUGCAGACGCGCUCCUCCCCGCGCUGCCCUGCUUCCGCCUUCACUGGCGCGCCAUCGCGCGAGGCGUCCUCCUCCUCCUCGAGGCGUCGGGGCCGGGGGCGGGCGGGGCGAGUCUCCGCCUGAACGCAGCUGCUCAGCGCCUCGAUCGCGCCGAGCCGCCGCUCUCGCUGCUCUACCGCGCCGCGCUGGAGCUGGCCGCACACGACAUGGCGCUGAUGGCCGGAUGACGCGAGCAUCGCGCCGCCUCUCGCGCCGCGCCUCUGCCUCAUCUGAGAUCUGUCCGUCGAGGCGGGAUUCAUUAUU